CCAGGGGAAAGCAUUCUCAAUUGUACACAUUCGAUUUAAUGCACUAGUAAACCAAACACACACCAUGGCCGAUGAUGAGGAUAAACCAAAGAAGCACACGCUGGACAGCCUGUUCAUGGUGUAUGCCAAUUUCCAGGUUAUACCCACCGACAUCGAGAACGAGGUCUUCGACAGCAUACUCCUCUCGCAGCUGGACGCCUGGCUGGAGCAGGCCAAGCUCAUGCCCAAUCCCAUCACUCGCACUCAAACGGGUCUCAUUUACAUGCGAUACAAGAAGUGGCGUUUGGAGUACGAAGACUUUCUGGAGGUUCUGAACAACUUGGCCUCCGAUAACAACCUGCAAAUAGACGACAUGAAGCAAAUAAUGGUCGAAGCUGGAGUCCCGAACGGUGCCGAUGUGGUUAUAGUCGUCAAGUAGACUGCAUCAUCACUGCCUUUUAUUUACAUACAUAGAAAAGUUGCACAACAAAUUAUUAAUAGUAACAAUUGCAUAAAGGAGUAAUUUUGAUUAGUUAAAUUGUUUACGAAAAUUAUAGUACAGUAUAAAAGCGUUCAACAAAGA